CUAAGUAGGUAGGUACCUAGGUAAUCGAUUCGACAUGCCUAUCUAUUAUAAAAGGAUAAUGAUCUUCAUCUUUUCGGCCAAUACAGUGUUAAGUACUACAGGCUUUCUCCUGGAAAGCGCGAAUUACUUGAUAAAAUGAUAAUUUACAUUGGUAACAACUCACGAAUGCAUACCCAACGCAAUAUUAUGAGGACUACAUCAUUAAGACAUAAUUUAAUGCUUAAGCCUCGUGCCCAAUGCAUAUUACAGCCUAAACAAGAGGUAGGCAUUUGGUCGCUCUUAAGGUAUAACUUGAAACUUGAAAUCUUAUAAAUUUUAGAAUACGGCAAACUGAUAAGAUUCCUAUCCUUGAUGUUUUCUCAUUAAGAGAGUAGUGCUGAAUUAGACCUUCUUAGCGGAUCAGACCAAGCACCAUGUCCAGCAGCAAUGGAGAGUACCCUUCCGCGGCGUAUGGCGCGUGGGACAGCUAUAGCCACGGCCAGACCUACAGCCAUGUAGGUACCUAUUGCGCAAACUUGUAUGAGUAGUACAAGAGCUCUUGCUAACACCAUUGAUAUAGCCGGGAGACAAUAACAGCACUCCUAUGACUUCUCAGCCGCCACCCUCAUACGGCGCCUCUUAUAUGGGUCCCUCAUAUGGGUCCCCCCAGUCCCCACCUCAUUGGUAUCAUCAAGGAUACUCCCAGCCCGGAUUUCCCCCACACGAGUUCCGCCCACCAGGUUUUCCCUCACAUGGAUCUCCCCCACCCGCAUUUGCCCCAUACUUUACUCCACAACCACAGGCUGCAUACCCUAUACAGUAUACAAACUAUCCGGGAAAUGUAAACCCUACACAGAAUACAAACUUCUCACAGAACACAGCCCCUCCGGAGGGUAGAAGCGAACAGCGAGCCACGUUCAGGAAAGUGGAAAGAAAGGGGGACGACAAUCUUUUUGGAGGUAGUACGGAAAGACCAGUAGAAGUGGAUGACUAUAAGAGUGAAGGCAGCAGGAACGUCGAGGGGAGUUUCUCGGUCGCAGCCCUUCAGACCUGGACUACUCGCCCUGCCAAAGUAGGGGAAUCGUCUGCCUCAUCCAUCCCCGAGAAGCGCACAUCGAAGUGAUUCAAAUCAGCGUCUAUGAAACGGUACCAGUCGAAGAUCUACUUGAUUAACCCGGCUAGUAUCUAAAGGGUAUAUAUUCUUUCGUUCUAGAUCUAGGAGAUAUUUACGAGCGUUCGCUACAUAAUUUCAUAUUGUCGAUGCGCGAGUUAUAACCCAAGUUUUAGUAAUGUGACUAGAAAAGUAUGAAAUAGCGAGUGGUAGUCCCGAAUUAUCUCAACAUCUAGAGAUUGCGA